AUGCCGCGCAGCGGACGUGGCCCGCCGCGGCGUGCGGCGCAUGGUGCGUGGGUCGACGACGACGAUGCGUGGGCGGCGACCUCGGACGACGACGAGUUUGUUGCGCGCAUAGCCACCGAGCCCGUCGCGCUCUCCGCGCCGAGUCCGCCUGCGCCGCCUGCCUGGACGCUCGUGACGUCGGAGCCGCCGGCCGCCGAGCAGCACUCGCACCCGACGCGAAAGACGUCGGGCGCGAGCGCUGCGACGUCUUCUGCGGCAGCAGCAGCAGCAGCAGCCGACAACGACGAACAGACAUUUACCUGGGCCGAGCGGCAUAUGGCGCUCGGCUCGCCGCACCUCGGCGCGACGCCACCCACCGUUUACCUCGAGGCCGUGGUGGAAGAUCCCAUGUUUCUCCUAGCCAAGUGCAAGGCACGCACCUAUACCAUGUCGCCGCCGUCGACGCCGAAAGACGAGAGCGCGCCACCGCCGCUGCCGACCGAGGACGUCGGCACCUGGAUCGGCGCUGCGGCCUUUGAUCCGCUGGCGACGAUGAGCGAUGGCGUCUUUACGACGCCGAGCCUGCCACCACCACCACCGCCGCCAUCGUCACCGCCCCGCGCGCCCGCAGCGCGUCUCGAGCGGCGCACGUCCUCCCGCACCCUUCGCAACCGACACCGACUCGUGCAGUGCCUGCAGAGCGAGCACAUUGACAUGGCGGUGCUGCGGUCGCUCGCGUGGAAGGGCGUGCCGCCUGACCUGCGCCCGAUUGUGUGGCCGAUCCUGCUGGGCUACCUGCCGCCGACCGCGGCGCUGCGCACCUCGACGCUCGCACGGAAGCGCGCCGAGUACGCGUCGGGCGUCGAGCGCGCGUUCCGACGCGAGUCGCUCGACCGCGCGGCAUGGCACCAGAUCCGCAUCGACGUGCCGCGGACGAACCCGGGCCUGCGGCUGUGGCAGCAGGCCGAGACGCAGCGCGCGCUCGAGCGCAUCCUGUACGUGUGGGCGAUCCGGCAUCCGGCGUCGGGGUAUGUGCAGGGCAUCAACGACCUCGUGACGCCGUUCUUUGAGGUGUGCUUGAGUGCGUACACGGACACGGACCCGGAGACGUUUGAGCUGGCGACGCUGCCGCAGUACGUGCGCGAGGCGCUCGAGGCGGACACGUUCUGGUGCAUGUCGCGCCUGCUGGACGGGAUCCAGGACAACUACAUCUUUGCGCAGCCGGGCAUCCUGCGGCAGCUGAGCGUGAUGAGCGACGUCGUCCAGCGCAUGGAUCCGGAGCUGCACGCGCACCUGGCCGAGCAGGGCGUCGAGUACAUGCAGUUCUCGUUCCGCUGGAUGAACUGCCUGCUGAUGCGCGAGAUGAGCGUGAAGAGCAUCAUCCGGAUCUGGGACACGUACCUCGCCGAGGGCGCCGACUCGUUCGCGGGCUUCCAUCCGUUCGUGUGUGCCGUAUUCCUGCACCGGUGGCGCGAGGCCCUGCUCACUAUGGACUUUCAGGGCAUGAUCAUGUUCCUCCAGAGCCUGCCGACGCAGCACUGGUCCGACAAGGACGCGGAGAUGCUCCUGAGCGAGGCGUUUAUGUACAAGUCCCUGUUUGGCAAUAGCGCGCACAUAGGCAGCUAG